GACAGCAACUCCACUCCGCAGUCUUUUCCUUCCACUUCCACUCCACUUCAGAGACGCCAACCAGGCUGGCUGUUCCCACGCCUCUGCACCCUUAGAACCAGCAAUCUGUACUGGAAUAAACGCGGAUUAAAUCACUGUUUUGGGGAUUAUGCUUUUUCCAAAUCGGACUACAGAUGCGGGAAUUGAAUCAGAAGGAGCCUCGACUUUUUCCAGCAAAGUAACCGUGCAGCAGAAGUGGACGUAAACUUUUUUGGACUGGGCUCGGUCUUACAAUGUCAGGGCUUCUGAGUGUGUUAUGAGUGGCUUUUAUGAUUUUUUUUUCUCCAUUUCUUAUGAGAGCUGUGUUUUAUAUGUACGGUUUUCUAAGUGGAAAAGACGAGAGAGAGACUUCCACAUCUCAGGAAUUCGACGCCAGGAACUGAAGGGUCCGUGAACGCCGCAGGUAGCUAGCUAACUUGCUCGAGACUUUUAGGAUUGUUUCAAUAUCCCCUGAUAGAGGUGAGAAACAUAAUAGGCCUAAUUAUACUCAAACGAAGGCUCUGGACUGUUCGGCACACAGCUAACGUGAGCUAAAUGCUCUGUGUGAGCUUUUCCAGGGUCGCAUUUUGUUUAAACCAACUCGGGUCUAGUUCAGCCUCCACCAUUAGCCUCCGCGGCUAACGUCCCAACAUGCCGCAGCUGGGCAGAGACGGAGACGACCUGGGGGCUAACGAUGAGCUGAUCGCUUUCAAAGACGAGGGGGAACAGGAGGAGAAACCCAAUGUGUCCUCGGAACGGGACUUGGAUGAUGUCAAGUCGUCCCUAGUCAACGAGUCGGAGACCACCAGCAGCUCUGACUCGGAGGCAGACAGGCGCCCCAAUCCGCAUCCAGAUGCUGAGAGCAGGGCCAGGCACGGCCAGCUGUUCCAGGAAGGGCCCCGGAAGCAGCAUGACACGGGGCUCUUCCAGCCGUCUCCGUAUGUUGGCUAUCCCUUCUUCAUGAUCUCGGACCUUGGGAACCUCUGCAGCCCCUACCUCACUAAUGGAGCUUUGGCCCCAAGUGGCCGGACGUACCUGCCGUUUCAGUGGCCUCUCCUCGACAUCCCAGGAAGAGCAGCUAUCAGAGAUUCUGCUGCUCCCACACACCUGUCCAACAGCGUCCCUGUGGUGCAGCAUCCCCACAUGACCCACCUCCGCCCCCUGCUGUCCUACAGUCCAGAGGCCUUCUCCCCUCAGAGGGCGUCUCCUGGGUUCUCUCCUGAGCCUGGAAUGUCGAGGAGCCCUCACACUGCCUGUUAUCCUGUGUCUCCUGGAGGAAUGACUCCCAUCCCACACCCACUGGGCUGGCUGCCAGGGCAGCCCAUGUAUCCCAUUGCGGGGGGGUUCUCCCCUGCGGCUCUAGCCAUGAAUGCCUCCAUGUCCAGUCUGGUGUCGAGUGGCUUCUCACCGCGUUUGGUUCCGCCCCCCCAGACGUCGGUUCCCCACCCGGCCAUCGUUCCUGCAGCAGUGAAGCAGGAGCCUGGAGCCAGUCACAGCCAGCAGCCUGGGAAGCCCCCCUCCAGCUCCGAGCAUGACCAGGAAGAGGAGCGGAAGCCCCACAUCAAGAAGCCGCUCAACGCCUUCAUGCUCUACAUGAGGGAGGAGAGGCCCAAAGUUGUAGCUCAGUGCAACGUGAAGGAGAGCGCCACCAUCAAUCAGAUCCUGGGCCAGCGGUGGCAUUCUCUGACAAAAGAGGAACAAGCCAAAUAUUAUGAUCUGGCUCGCAAAGAGAGACUGCUGCACUCAAAGCUGUACCCCAACUGGUCAGCCAGAGACAACUAUGGGAAGAAGAAGAAGAGGAAGAGGGUGAAGAGUGAAACUCAGCUGGAAGUUGCUGCAGCAGCAGAAGAUUUCCCUCCACAGCUAAAGAAACCUCGAGAGGAGACUCCACACACACACACUCCACUCACACAAGCUUCACACACACUCCCUCACCUGACGCAUACACACACAGUGUCUCAUCUGACACACACCCAGCUGUCCCAGGCCAGCCCCGCCUCCUCCCUGGACUCCCCAGCGACCCCCACCACGGCACUGGCCUCACCUGCCGGCCCGGCUGCCACACACACCGAGCACACACACUCCUCCUACAGCCACAGUGGACACGGCUCCCCCUAUGGCGAGCAGCUGCAGCCACUGUCCCUCACCACCAAGCCCCCUCGCACCACCCACUUUGUGGGCCGCAACGCCAUCACCCCACGACCCUCCACCCCCUCCUCCUCGACAGACACACCCACCUCCUCCCACUGAUGAGUCGUCUCCUCUGAACAGCCAAUCAGCUCUGAAACAUGAAAUGUGCCUCUUUCUACAUGCUGUAAAUAAGCUUUUUUUUUUCUUUUUUUUUUUUACUUUUUAUAGACUUGUCAUAUUUUAUACCAGUAUGAAAAGGACAUAUUUGGUCAAUAUUUGACUGCAUCUAAAAUCUGUAUUUUUGACUAUUUCACUUUUUCUACUUUCUUACUAGGAGGGAACAGUUUUUAUGUGAAGGUGACGUUUGGCACAAGAGUUGGUUUCAGAAAAGCGUUUUUUCCUUUUGUAGUUCUUCAUGUUAAGCUAGUUGAUGGUUCUUCCUGUUAAUAAAUUCACACAGAAUACAAACAGUCUCUCAUUAUUUUUGGCAUUUAGCCAAUAAAAAAAUCACUUCAUUUUGGUAAUCCUGACUGACUAAAAGGGCAAAGAUGAGGGGGAAUCUAUCAGAGCAAAACAGACUGGAUGUACAACCAUUGAGGUAAUAAAGCAACAAUGAACCUAACACUUUUUGGAUUGAGGAGGAAACUGGAGUACCCAGAGAGAACCCAAGAAUCCAUUGGUAGAGCAUGCUAACUAUGAACCUGAAUCUUAAGUGUUCUACCCAAACUUCUGUUUCUUCUGCCACCAGCUUCAACUGCAGGCCUCUAUAUAGCAUCUGUAAAGAUCUAGUUUCUAUGGAGACAAACUGUUGUCUAUUUCCAGUCUGUUAAUUAAAUCAGGACGUGGUUAA